UUGAACACUUGGCACAGAAUUGGGGGACCAAUUAAGGAUCAGCCAACAAGCGUGUUGCGAAGCCAGCAACUUGAUUAACGCACUCUUCCCUUCUUUGUCGUUCAGUCGUACAUUUUAAAGCAAAAUAUGCAAUCAAGUAGACAAAUAAUGCGGUUUAUAUCACCGCUCAGAUUAUCACGGUUCAGCCUCCUAAGAAAGAGUGUCCAAGCAGCACCAGUUGUGGUGCUGAAAAAUAAUUGCUCGACAGAUGCUCUUUUAUCUCCAAGUCAUGAAGGGAUGGAGAAAAAUUACCCAGAGAAAAUUCAUCAGAUAGUUGGUGAUAUAUCCAAAUUAACUCUCUUAGAAGUGUCUGACCUGAAUGAGCUUUUAAAGAAAACCCUAAAUAUCCAAGACACACCAAUGAUGGCAAUGGGUGCUAUGUCAGCAGCUGCAGCUCCUGUCGAAGAGGAAGAAGAGGUUGCCACAAAGAAAGAAAAAACAUCAUUCACAGUAAAAUUAAUCAAAUUUGAUGCAUCAAAGAAAAUACAAAUUAUCAAAGAAAUAAAGAAUUUAGUAGCUGGGAUGAAUUUAGUUCAGGCCAAAAAAUUUGUUGAAUCCACUCCUACGAAUGUAAAAACUGAUGUUGGAAAGGAUGAAGCUGAACAAUUGAAAGCAGCUUUAGAAGCAGUCGGAGGCGAGGUGGAAUUGGAAUAAAGACAUUGAACGGAAGACGAUACUAAUGAUACUAAUCUGUGGACGUUUCAUAGGAUUUUGAGAGAUAUUGAUAAUGCUAUAGAUCAUUGAAAUAGACAAUGUUUCAAUAUGUUCUUGAAGAGAUGCAGAUAAGGCAUGGUUGACAUUGGUCUAUAAACAUUUGGUCAAGUAAGGUUGGUUGUCUAAUUGAAGAAAUCAGUCCAAGAAGCAAAUAUUCUUGUGCAACUCCUGUUUAGGUUUUACAGUACUGUAAAACCGUUCAGGAGCUUUGACAACCUAAAGGAUAGUGACAUUUAUGUGUCGGUGAUGAUCAAGAUGUCACUUGAUUGUGACAAUUCCUCCUGACCAACUUGACAGUAGUGCCUUUUGGAACCAGAUGAAAGUGAGCCAACGAGGAAUUAAAGUAAUGUGUGUGUUUCAGAGCUGAUAGUCCUGUUGUCCUAUGUAUCAUGUGAGAUGAUCACCUGUUAAUAAAAUGUAAAGGUUUUUGAAAUAA